AUGUCGAACCCGUUCAGCACUAUAGAGUCCUUGCAGUCUUCUUCGGAGUUCCUGUUUGUUGUCUUCUACCGUGGCCAUUGGUGUCCAUUCUGCAAUGCUUACCUGAAAGACUUCCAAAACAUCAAGGAAGCCAUCCAAGCCGCCCAUGGAGUAGCCGUAACGAUCACGUCCGAGCAUCCAUCCCACCUGGAAGCAAUGCGAUCUCAAACUGGAUUCACCGGUGAGAUGAUAGCAGAUCCUGAGAACACGAUUGCUGCAGAGUUUAAGAAAAGGCAUCGCUUCACUCCUGCUAUCUCGGACAAGAAGGGCUAUCCGCACGGCAUGGCUCAGCCGGCAGUGUUCGUCAUUCAGAAGAACGGGACAGUUGUGUAUCAGUGGGCUAUUGAGCCUGCUUUGAUGAAUCUGGGCGGCGCCAAGGAUCGUCCCUCCCUUUCGGAGAUCUGGGAGGAUGUUCAGUUGAAGCUGAAUGGACAAUCUCCCAAAAUUCGGAAGUCAUACACAAAGCAGAGUUUCUUUCAAGUUAUCGGAGCAAAAAUCGCAGGUACGACAUAA